UCACCACUGUCGCAAGGAUGGAGGAACGGGACCACGCCACUGGGGCAGCGGGGACCACGUCGUUCACCCGGGAAGAACAACCAAACGAACGGAGCAAGAACGAGAACGAAGUGACGCUGCUCGAAAUAAAAAGGAAAGUCCAAAACGAGAAGGAGGCACAAAAGGAUGACAAUAAACCAAGAAAGUUCAAAAUAAUUAACUACACAUCCAAGGAUAGCCUUGUGAGCAAAGUCGAGAAGGAUUUUUUCCUUUACUUUUGUUUCCUGUGUGGUUUUAAUUGCUUAAUUAGCGAAACAGACGUUGCAGAUUUGCCAAAGAGGACAACAGACGGAUCGAUUAUAUUUCCCUUUAAAAAAAUUGUCCACAAAAAAUUUCAUAAAACGAAAAAGGAGCAUAUACUUAUACGAAGAAAGGAAGACGCGCUGGAAGUUCAGUUUCGAAUUUUAUGCAAAGAGUGUGGCGUUCCUAUUGGCUAUGUCAACAGCCUAGCCGACGACAACGCAUACAUUUAUUACUAUGACUAUUCCUUUGUUCGGAGUCAGAUAAAGUCGAGACUUUUUAAGGACGUCUCGCUAU